GAAAAUCCGAAAGGAGGAAGAAGGAGAGGAAAGAUUUGUGAUAUUGGAAGGGAAGAGGGAAGCAGGUUUGGAAAAGAAUUAUGCUCCGAAUAUGCUUUAGAGCUCGACGAUACUACCGUCGCUUCCCUUCCCUUCGCUCUUUCUCCACCUCCUCUUCUCCGCCGCAGCCACAGUCUUCAAACAUUCCGGCCAAUGUCUCCAAUAGCUUGAAAUUCCCCACCUACGUUGCCCCGCCGCCGAUUCUCCAGCGGCAGGAUGAUCUCGCGAGGCCGUUCUCAACAAAUUCGGAUUCCAAAUCUUCUUCGUUUGGUCGUAAAUCGGCCCUCGCGUUGUCCGCAACGCUUGCCUCCGCGGCCGUUGCCUCGUACGCUUUGGUGCAUUCGGGUGGGGUGGAAUCGAAGCCUAAUCGGAACCCUAGCCCGCUCCGCGACCUGGUUGAGGCCGCUGUUCAUAGCUCCGACGAGUCCGUGAGGAGGAUUUUCCAUCGGUUCAAGCAGACCGGGGUUGCCGCCUCGGUUCUAUGGCAGUCGUUGAGGUCGGUGCUGUCCUCUGCCAACCACGAGGUGAGGGUCGGGUUCGCGUCCAGAGUGGCGUCUUUUCUGGCCGACAUUGCCGCCGCGAAUUCUGCUCGCCGGGCGGCUUUGGUCGGGGCUGGUGGCGGGGCGGUGGUCGAUUGGUUGCUGGAGACGGUGGCGGUUAAUGGUUCCGAUGGUGCGGGAACUCAGGCUGAGGCUGCCAGGGCGCUUGCUUACCUGAUUGCCGAUCCUGAUGUUUCCGGCGUCGUGCUUGGAAGGCCUAAUGCUGUUCCCUAUUUGCUGCGAUUUAUUUUCUCUUGCCAGCCAAACAAGAAGCAUUCAAGACGUAGUUCACUGGGAGUUUCUGACUCCUUAAAAGGUAGGAGCAUGCUUGUGGCUGCCAUAAUGGACAUUGUAACAUCCAACUGCGAUGAUGUAGAAGAACUCUCUUUCAGGCCAGCAUUGUCUGCAAAUGCAGCGUUGAGGGAUAUUGCUGCAGCAAUUGAAGUUAUUGAAGAAGGUGGCUUGCAUUUGGACAAGCACGGGGAUAACGAGGAUGGAAAAGAUGGUGGAAGUGGGAUUAAAGGUAUUGGGAUUAGGAUUCUGGAUGGGACAACUGUCUUAGGGCUUACGAGGACUAAUGGACUUGCGGAAUUGGAGCAUCCUGAUUCUAGUCAAGCGGAUUCACCUGUCCGUACUCCUAAAGCGCUAGCUUUGUUACACAAGCAUGAUAAUUUACAAGCAAAAUCAAAUGUGGCUUCUGUGGUUGUCCCUGGACUGUGGGAUGAUCUACAUUGUGAUCAUGUUGCAGUGCCUUUUGCUGCAUGGGCAUUAGCGAAUUGGGCCAUGGCGUCCGAGGUAAAUAGAUCUCAUAUUCAUGAACUGGACCAAGAUGGUCAAGCUGUCAUGGCUGCUUUGUUGGCCCCUGAGAGAUCUGUAAAAUGGCAUGCAAGUUUGGUGGCUCGAUUGUUGCUAGAGGACCGGAAUCUCCCAUUAAAUGGUGCUAUUUCUGACUGGAGCUCCUCGCUUCUCACCACGAUUUCUCAUGCUAGUAAAAAUGAAGACAUACCCUUGUGCCAGGUGGCUCUUUCUGCCUUUUUGCUUUCUGUUGAGAGAAGUCCCAGGGCGAGAAAGCAAGUGGCAGAUAGGGGUCUUCCACUGAUGAGGGAUAUAGUUAAGCAGACCAAGAAACACAAUCAGGUGCAAGAGUCAUUGGCCAAGGCUUUGGAGUUGUUUUCGACUGGUGAUCUGCACUUAUCUCUUGAAGAAAGUCAAAGGUGGUCUGGUAUUAUGCUGCCCUGGGUUUUUGGUAAAUCCUCCUCUGAUGCUAUGCGAGCUUCAGCAACAAAAUUCCUUUCACGCAUUCUCGAAGAACAUGGGCCAUCUUCUAUUCCAAUUUCUCAAGGUUGGCUAGCUGUUAUGCUUAAUGAAGCUCUCAGUUGUAGUAAUGCUUCAAGUACAAAGAGAGGCUCUCAGCCUAAAAGUGGCAAAGUGAAGACCCAAGUGGAUCAGUCCAAUGUUGUUGUUGCUACACAAACAGCGAAUCAGUUGGCAGUUGCUGUUGUUAAUCGCGCAGCCAUUCAGCAAGGAACCACAGAGUCAAUUGAUGCUUUUCCACUGUCAGAUCUUCUUUCCCUGGAACCUUUUGUUGGACCACGGAAAAGUUUGAAGAAAGAUACAGUGCCUAAGCUUAACGUGGCAGAUUCCGCUGAGGCAACUCUUAAGGGAAUCAAAGCAUUGGCUGAGAUUUGUUAUGAAGAUCCUUUGUGCCAGGAAAAAAUGGUGGAUUUUGGGGUAUUGUGCUUGCUGAGACGAUUUCUAUUGUCUGAUGAUUAUGAGAAGUUGGCUGCAAUUGAAACUUAUGAUGCAUCUAGAGCCCUUGAGAUGACAAAACAACAUGCUUCAAAUGCUACUAAUGAGGAGUCCAAGGCAAAUGGUAAUAAUAGUUCAUCAAGUGUUCAAAUGCCACCGACAGCUCACAUGCGAAGGCAUGCAGCAAGGUUGUUAACCAUCCUUUCACCCCUUCAUAAUGUCCAAAAGGCUAUUAUGGCUGAUAAAGCUUUGUGUAAUUGGCUUGAAGACUGUGCAGAAGGAAAGAUCCCUGGUUGUGGUGAUGCAAAAAUACAAAGCUAUGCAAGAGCGACACUCUUGAAUGUGUUCUGUAAUUACCAUGCUGCUGGUAAUGAGAGUAAAAAUACUAAAGGUCCUGAAACUGGAGCUACACAUAGAAAACAUCCGUGUCCUAUCUAUGAUGAUAUGAUGUUUUUGGUUCGUCCUGAUCUUCCCCAUUGGAAGCGUUGUGAAAAGAUGGAUUAUGAGACAGCUCAGGGGGGUAAAGAUGCUACAUCUGAGAGAGAUUCAGUGAGACAUGGUUCAAGGGCAGAUGAUGGUGCUGAUUACAACCAUGAAUCCUAUGAUGGUAGUGAGUCAGAGGCUCCAGAAAUAGAUGUUAUCUUUGUUCAUGGUCUGCGAGGUGGGCCUUAUAAGAGCUGGCGAAUUUCUGAGGAUAAGGCCUCGACUAAGUCUGGUUUGGUGGAGAAGAUUGACGAGGAAGCAGGAAAACUUGGAACCUUUUGGCCUGGUGAAUGGCUUUCAGCUGAUGUGCCUAAAGCUAGACUAUUUACACUCAGAUACAAGACAAAUCUUACUCAAUGGUCUGGUGCUACUCUGCCUCUACAGGAAGUUAGCUCCAUGAUGUUAGAGAAACUUGUUACUGCAGGCAUUGGCAACCGUCCUGUUGUGUUUGUGACUCACAGCAUGGGAGGCCUUGUUGUCAAGCAGAUACUGCAUAAAGCAAAGGCAGAAAAUAUCAAUAACCUUGUGAACAACACAGUUGGAAUUGUUUUCUAUAGCUGUCCCCAUUUCGGAAGCAAGCUAGCAGAUAUGCCUUGGCGAAUGGGUUAUGUACUGCGCCCUGCUCCAAGUAUAGGGGAGCUAAGAAGUGGGUCUCCAAGGUUGGUACAGCUUAAUGACUUCCUUCGGCAAAGACACAGGAAAAGAUUGCUUGACGUACUCAGCUUUUGUGAGACCAAAGUAACUCCUAUAGUCGAAGGCUACGGCGGUUGGGCCUUCCGAGCAGAGAUUGUACCUAUAGAAUCGGCAUACCCUGGAUUUGGCGAACUUGUUGUGUUGGAGUCAACAGACCAUAUAAACUCAUGUAAGCCCAUGAGCCGCAACGAUCCUUCAUACACAGAGAUACUAAAGUUCCUGCAGAAGAUCAAGUCUCAUCAUUCCUGAAGCAAAUGGGUUUUCCUGGGAAAUGUGAAUAUAUUGCUUCUAACUUAGAUCUGAUGAUGGUAACACAGAUUGUGAAGAGUUGCUAACCUCCUUUCGUUUGUAUUUUGUUCGAUCAUUCUGUCGUAAUGGUAGAGAAAGUUCGGGUGCAUUGUACAGCAGCUCUGGUCUAAAAUUUCCCCCCAUAUGUACCCUCAUAUAUGUACAUAGAGAAGAGUUAUGGUUUCAGAAUCGGUGAGGGUCUCUGCACAUAUUGUACAUUGAGGUUAAAGCAAUAGAGUAAUGGCUAGCAGUUCAGUUUGUAAAUUUUUGUUCCCACGGCUGCUUUUGAUAGGCUUGGAGAUCUUGUGAUAAUACUUAGCAUGGAAUUCAUCAUGAAUUUGUAAAUUAAGACUUUGUUUCAUG